ACCAUGGGAAAGAUCAUCUUCUAUGAGGACAGGAACUUCUCCGGACGCUGCUUUGAGUGCGGCUCCGACUGCGCCGACCUGACGUGUCACCUGAGCCGCUGCCGCUCCAUCCGGGUGGAGAGCGGUGGCUUCAUGAUCUACGAGAAGCCCAACUACUGCGGGAGCCAGUUCUACCUGAGGAGGGGAGAGUACCCGGACUUUCAGCAGUGGACGGGCGAGGACGAGUCCGUCUGCUCCUGUCGCCUCGUCCCCACGGAGCCUGGAUCCUUCAACAUGCGCCUGUACGAGCGGAUCGAGUUCGGCGGGGAGGUGAUGGACCUGGUGGAUGACUGCCCCAGCGUCAUGGACCGCUUCCACAUCAACGACAUCUUCUCCUGCAACGUGACGGACGGCCACUGGCUGUUCUACGAGCACCCCGACUACCGUGGCAGGAUGUACCUGAUCCGGCCCGGCGAGUACAAGAGAUUCAGUGAGUGGGGCGGCAGGACCGCCAGAGUGGGCUCCAUCAGGCGGAUCAUGGACCACUGA